CAGUUGACAGAUGUCAAUGUCACGUCAUUUAUGUGAUAAUGAGACGUAGAUAAAGUUGUUUGAAAGUAACUUUAUUUAUGUAAAUGUUAGUUUAAGAUUAGUACUGUCGCAAGACAGUCGCUAACAUGUUGAAAUCUGUGAUAAUACUCGUCAGAACAGUCGGUACUAAAUCAAAUUUAACUCAAACUCGUUUUGCAUCUCAAGCCCUUCCUCAGUUAUCAGCGACAAAGUACAACAUCAAAAGGAAAGAAUUUGGAGUGGUGCAGUCAGAAGAUGUUAAUUAUUUUAAAUCUAUUUUGAGCGAAGAACAGGUACUUACAGAUGAGAGUGACAUACUGCCAUUCAAUAUUGACUGGAUUAAGAACUGUAGAGGUCAAUCCAAGGUAGUUUUAAAGCCAAAGUCAACACAGCAAGUAUCUCAGAUAUUGGCUUACUGCAAUGAUCGGAGACUGGCGGUGUGCCCCCAGGGUGGCAACACAGGGCUAGUCGGUGGCUCAGUACCGGUGUUUGAUGAGAUUGUUGUUCAUUUUGGUUUGAUGAACAAAAUUAUGAGCUUGGAUGAGACAUCAGGUGCCCUAGUUUGCGAGGCAGGUUGCAUACUAGAAACUUUAGACAACUAUGUCCGAGAACACAACUUGAUCAUGCCGCUAGACCUUGGGGCGAAGGGUUCGUGCCAAAUCGGAGGCAAUGUGAGCACUAACGCUGGAGGCCUGAGGUUGCUACGCUACGGCAACCUGCAUGGCUCAAUCAUGGGGAUUGAAGCGGUAAAAGCCGACGGUACUAUCCUCGACUUGCUCCGAACUCUCAAGAAGGACAACACAGGCUAUCACCUCAAACAUCUCUUUAUAGGUUCAGAAGGAACAUUAGGAUUGGUCACAAAGGUCGCCGUGCAUUGUCCUGUGCUACCUAAAGCUCAAACACUCGGUUUCUUUGGUGUAAAGGACUUUGACAGCGUGUUAAGUCUGUUCCGCAGCGCUAAGGCGUCUCUUGGAGAGAUCCUCUCAGCCUUCGAAAUGGCAGAUAACUUCUCCAUCCAACGCACGAGCAAGAACCUCAACUUGCCUAACCCGAUAUCUGACUUCCCGUUCUACGUUCUGGUGGAGACGCACGGUAGCGAUGAAACUCAUGACGCUGAGAAGCUUAACAGAUUCCUUGACCGAGAGAUGAGUAGUGGCCUCAUCUUGGAUGGCACUGUCACUUCGGAACCUGCCAAGAUGCAGACAAUCUGGAACCUUCGAGAAAACAUCGCCGCCGCAGGUCUCAAAGAAGGCUACGUGUAUAAAUACGACGUGUCCAUCCCUGUCGCUAACUACUACGAUCUGGUGCCCAAACUGCGCGAGCGGCUGAAGGAAGUCACGGACAAGGUCUACGGAUAUGGUCACAUCGGUGACGGCAACAUACAUAUUAACGUGACGGUGCCAGAGUAUAGCAAGCAGGCCACGGCUUUACUGGAACCCUACAUCUUUGAGGAGGUUUCUAAACUGAAGGGUUCCAUAAGCGCGGAGCACGGCGUCGGGUUCCGUAAGCCCCAGUUCGUGCACUACAGCAAGGACGCAGCCGCUUUGGACCUCAUGAAGGACCUCAAACGCCUCAUGGACCCCAAUGGCAUCCUUAACCCGUACAAAGUCUUGCCGGACCCUUAAACUGAGAAUGAUGUAAUAAUUAUAGUGCCAAAUAAAAUUGUAGAAAAUAUAUAACUUUCUACGCAACUCUCAUAUUUUUGUAAAAUGCUCAUCAAAAUUAUUGUUAUACUUGUUACAUUGUUUUAUAAGGAUUACAUAUUAAUAUGAAUAUAUUUUUGUAAUAAU